UCAGUGUUAGGCAACUGAUUGACAUGUGAACGACCCGCCCCCCGCGUUGAAAAAGUAGAAACCUCAUUGGCCACAGCGCGCAUAGUCGUAGACCGCUGAUUGGAUGAGAUGUAGAAGGAGCCUUCCCGCCUGGCGUUUACAUGGAACUCACUGGCUGUUCCUUGUGGUUGUUUUGGUCAAUGCGGAAACAGUCCAGAAGCAUGCCUGCUAAUAAUCUAAAAUCAAUAUGAAUAUAAAUGAAACUGUCUCCACUAGAAGACAAAGUGUCCGUUUAAUAGUCGGUGUUGUAAACUGUUGUUUUUAAGCACAAUGGAACAAGAUGGAGCCGAAUCAUCGAGCAUUGCUUACAAAGUUUUCACGUUUGAAGAAAGCACGAAAAACAAUCAGGAGUCCGUUUCAGUCACAAUCCCAGAGGUUUUGGAUCCACAAUAUGGCAUGUAUGUUUGGCCCUGUGCAGUCGUGCUGGCUCAGUAUUUAUGGACAAAAAGAGAAGAGCUGCAAGACAAGACUGUGCUGGAGCUGGGUGCAGGUGUGAGUCUGCCAGGUGUUCUAGCUGCAAAGUGUGGCGCAAAGGUGAUCCUGUCAGACAACGCUCAGACCCCGCUGUGUCUGGAGAACUGCAGGCGGAGCUGUGAAGUCAACAGCCUCCAGGAUGUGGAGGUGUUGGGGCUCACCUGGGGGGAAGUCUCCCCUGAUCUGGUUCUGCUCCCCAAGCUGGACGUCAUCUUGGGUUCAGACGUUUUCUAUGAGCCACAGGAUUUUGAAGAUGUCCUCGUUACUGUUGCUUUUCUGUUGAGAAGAAACCCCUCAGCUCAGUUCUGGACAACGUACCAAGAGAGAAGUGCUGAUUGGUCGAUUGAAGCGCUGCUGCACAGGUGGAAGCUGAACUGUGUGGACGUUCACCUGGAGACAUUCGAUGCUGACAAACCUGAACUGGCUGGAUCGACUCUACCAGGAAACCACAGCGUGCUCAUGAUGAUCAUCACUCUGAAGACAGGAGAUGUUUAACACCGUUCGUUCAUCCAUUAACUAUAUUACUCUUCAUGUUUGAGGUCGCUGGAACUGAUCCCAGCUGUCAUUGGGCGAGAGGCGGGGGUUACACCCUGGACUGGACAGUCAAUCACAGGGCUGACAUAUAGAGACAGACAACCAGCCACUCUCACUCCUUAGCCUAACGACUCUACAAGCAUGUCUUUGGACUGUAGGAGGAAGCUGGAGUACCUGGAGAGAACCCACACAUGCACGGGGAGAACAUGCAAACUCCACACAGUGAGGCUUCUGUCUGAUCCUGACGAGGGAUUCGGACCAGGAACCUUCUGGCUGUGAGGCGACAGCGCUAACCACUGCAGCCUAGACACUGAAUGAAUGAAAAUCUGCGACUGAUUUUAUCAACAGUGUUGGAUUUUCAUCUUAAACUCUUUAAUGAUUGUUGGUUUAAAAAUGUAUAGUUCUUACGAUUAAAGUCAUAAAUUCAAGAGAAUAAUUUGUACUUUGCUUUUUUUUAAAGAUUUAUUUUGGUGCUUUUUAUGCCUUUAUUGUGGACAGAGUCAGGGAUCGGGGAGAGAGAUGAGGAAAUGACAUGAAGGAACCAGUGUCUCACCACAGGGAUGACUGGACAGAACUAUGACCUUUAGUCAUCUGAGUUAAAGAUCUGAUAUAACAUUAUAUUUUUUCAAUGUUUUCUAAUCUUCUUUCAUACAUUUGAUAUAUUAUAAAUAUGAAUAGGUAACAAGGUGGGUUAGACUUUGUUUCUGUGUUUUUUCUCUAUCUUUCCUGCAGUCUUGAGUCUUGUGUGUGAUAAUUGGAUUUAAAUGUACUUUUGACAUUUUGUAAAAUAAAAAAAACUGCAUAUUGA